AAAAUCACAAAAUAAAUGACUAAACCGCACCCUAGGGUUGAAAAAGAAAAACCUAUUCUGUCCAAAGGUAUUCAUCAAUAUAGCAAAACCCUAGCAUCAAUUUGUCAUCUUGGGCCAAGGAGAAGAGCUGAAAAUCAGGAGCAGCAGCAGCAGAAGCAGCGGCAGGAGCAGCAGCAGCAAUCCAAAAUGAGUAAAGUGCACGGAUCAUUGGCCCGAGCAGGGAAGGUGAGAGGGCAGACCCCCAAGGUUGCCAAGCAAGACAAGAAGAAGAAGCCCAGAGGCCGUGCCCACAAACGCAUGCAGUAUAACCGCCGUUUUGUUACUGCAGUAGCUGGAUUUGGGAAGAAAAGAGGUCCAAACUCUUCUGAGAAGUAAUUGAUUAGGUGUACUAUGAUGGAGGAAAAUGAAUCAGGCCUGCAAGUAGAUCUAUUUUGGUGGAGGCUUUCGUUAAUGUAGGAAAUUUGUAUUUGAGGAUGGUUUUUGUUACUCAAAAUACUUUAUCUUGAUUGUAUUGUUCUGGAAGCACAUACAUAAUUCUUUUGCACAUUUUAAUUAUAACAAGUACUUUCAAUUAAAUGAAAAAUGAAAAAAAAAAGAUCUUAAAUUACAGUUA